CUCAGAAAUUCUAUCCAUUUGCCGACGAACAAAUUCAGAUCAAUUCCAUUUAUCUGAAGAAAUUCAGAUCCAAAUUCGCAUACUCUCCAUCACAAGCAUGCCUUAAAAUCUUCGCGUUACUUCGAUCGAUCUAUCCUCACACAGUUGGAUUCCUUGAGCAUAAGAGCAUCGGAUUAUGCAUCCGGCGCUUUCGAUCUACUCUCCAACACUCACGCGCCCGCGUAUGACGUCGUACUACGGUGGAUCGUCUUUUCAUCGCCGGAAACAUCUUCAGAAAAGUGAUCGUCGCGUGGUGGAUCUGAUUUUGUUGGCAAUCGAGCUUUCUCGAUUGAACGGUCUUCCGUUUUUCCUGUGGAUCGAGCUCGUUUUGGAGAUAUUGAGGAUUCUCGGCGGUUUUUGGAUCGGUAUAAGCUCUUCUAUUCAGCCUCAAUUGUGGAUGGAAGGUUCUGUUCCUAGUGAUAUGCUGGCUUUCCAACAAUUAAGGAGCAACACUGAGUCUGUGACGACUCCUGAUAUCCAAACUCAAUAUGGUUCAGGGGAUCUUUCUAUGAAUGAUCUGAAAGUGUGCUUGGAUGAAUUUGUAAGUGUUGAAGAUUUGGCUGGUAGCAAUAGCAAAUGUGAUUCCAAGGACUCAGACGAAUUCAGUGACAAUCUUCCCGACUCUACAUCUUCUGCUACUCUGUCCAAGCUUGCAUCUGCCAUGAAAGGUAGCCGUGAAAAGCAGGGUAUACCGCCUAAGAAGCUGUCCGUCACUUGGGCACCUGAUGUCUACGAUCCAAUUCCGACUUCGGUAUCUCACGUGCCAUCGAGCAGGAAUCAAUACAUCCGCAACAAUUAUAGCAAGAAAUAUGGGAAGAACAAACAGAGAGGUGGUGGGAAAUCCUCGCGAGGGGGCAAGGGCAAGGACAAGGACAAGAAGCAAGCUCGGAAGAAUGGCGGGACCACCACCAAAGUCAAGAGCGCGGCUAGCAUCUCGGAGCCCAAGGUAGUUAUCACCGGGUUCAAUGUUAUCAGCACAGAUGCAUUCUGUGGAAGCAGCUUUCUCAAGGAAUCGGCCCAGAAUUUGCACUUCCCCGUCGCGGAGGCUAUGCGAUGAUGGGCAUGUUUUCUGUCUCUCCCCAAUGUAAAUAAAUAAGUACUCGUUAUGCCUUAAAAGCUUUCUACUAGCUAUGCUUGCAAGACUUCGGAAUUUUGAGAAUUGGCAUUUGGCCUUCAACGAAUUUACAUGGAUUUUUGUUUGUGAUA